AUGCUUAAUACUACUGAGCUUGACUAGACAUUAAAAACUAAUAAGGAGGCUUUAGAAAUUCCAAAGUUAAUCGUUAACUCAUCAAAAAUUACUGUGGCUUCUUCAAAUAAUUUAAAUAAUAAUAGUUAGGUUCCAGAAAAAAAAACUACUUUUUUUCGUACUGAGGACAAGUUCUCAAGAUUGGAGUAAUAUGAAGAAAUUGAUCGAAAUGAUGAAUUGAACCUUCCUUUUGUUCCACCAUAGGGAUUCAAAGGACCAGUUGGUAAGUAAGUUUAAUUUACUGAUUAGUUGAUCGGAAGGCAACUGAUAAAGCAUGGAUAGGUUUAUUUCUUAUUGUAUAUGUGUUAUACGGAGUUUACUCUUAUUUUGUAAUUGCAGGUGGAAAUCCUGAUAGAUUGGCCAAAUGGAAUAGACUUUAGAGGCGAGAUUUGUGGCAUAGGGAGUUUAAAGAAUAAGCCCUUCUUAUAUUAUGCUGGCCCAGUGAUGGAUAUAGAUGUGACCUGGUGUAUUAGGUAAUGUCCCCCAUCGACAGGGAGAGAAACCUGCAUGUACGACACGGAUCAUAUGACGGUGACUUCCUUUUGUUACAUCCAAAUGCAAGCAGAUUAGAUGGGUUAUUACUGUAUACCAAAAGAGCCCAAGAGCAGAGAACUUGUAUUUGAAUAGUUGGGAUCAACGAGGAACACAAUGAGAAGGAUAGGAUCAGAUUUAUGGCAAUCUUGGGACAUUACAUUAUGCGGCUUUGGCUUAUCAAUUAUUUUAAGUUAUUUGUUUACAGUUCUGGCUAAAUUUGAAAAAAUCGCCGCUGGAUUAAUAUGGGGAGCCAUUAUAUUUGCAGAGGCUGGCUUACUUCUAUACGGUUGGCUUUUCUAUCUGGAAUCAAUUAGAGCCCACGAAUUUAGAUGUAUUGAUGGUAUGAACUCAGAUACUUGUGGUGGCCAAAUAGUAACCACCUAUUAGAUAUUAGCAAUCGUAUUUCUGGCUUUAGCAGCCAUUUACUUAAUUGUUACUUUAAUACUUUUUAAGAGAAUUCAGAGAGGAAUUUCCUUAUUAAAAACUGCAUAGCACAUUAUCCAAGUUUUAAGUUAGAUUCGGUCAUUUCCAUUUAUUGUUGCAUUCAUUGGAUUGGUAGUGUGUUGUUUGGCAUUUAUCUUGGUAUGUUUUGCAAUGACAGUGGGGACAACAGAAUUAACAAGAGCAAAAUAUAUUGAUGGACAUCUUCUUUACAAGGUCAUCUACAAUGAUUACAUAUAGAUGGGGCUAAUCUAUGUUGCAUUUACUGUGUUUUUUACUUUAACUUUAAUUUUAACUAUGAAUGAUAUGUUCACGAGUUAUGCCUUAUCAGUUUGGUUUUUCACAAAAUAGAAAGACACUGUCAGAAUCCCUUAUUGUUUUUCUUUCAAAACAUUAUUUCGUUACCAUUUUGGUACUUGCGUGUUUAUUGCUUUUAAUCUCAUGUUUCUUACAAUUCCUCAAUCAAUAAUGGAUUAUUCAAGAAGUAUUAUGAGAUUUCUUCCUUAAACCAGUAGUUGUGUAAGGUACACUUAGGCAAGUUGUAUGGCAUGUAUUCAUGCUUUUGAGGUGUUUUUAAGAUAUAUAUCUAAACAUUCAGUUGUUUAAGUAGCCAUUUGGUCUGAACCAUAUUAUUAAAGUGCUAAGAAGGCUUACUUUUUAAUCUUUAGAAAUUAGGACAAAAUUAAAGAUUUAGAUUUCCUUUAAACAUUGAUUGUAUUCUAAAUUAGAAUGGCAACAGCAUUUAUGGCAUCUAUUCCAAUUUAUAUUUACAUCAAUUUUGCUGAAUAAACAUUUAUGGGAAAACCAACAUCAGGAAUUGAAUCACCAAUCAUCCCAACAUUAUAUGUUUUCAUUUGUGGAAUGUUCUUUUCAAAUAUCUUCUAAGGCUCAUAUGAUAUUACUUGUAAAACCAUUAUCUAAUUGUAUUGCAUGGACAGUGAAAUGUUUUUUGGUGAAUAAAGAUUUGUGGAAUAAUUCAUUCGAGAGUUUAUGGAAUUCGUAGGAAAAAUAGAGGACAAGGAAUGGAAGAUAGGAUUUACAAAAUAAAUUAAAUUUAAUAAAGAUAAAUUCAAUGAGAAAUUGAAAAAUUAUAAUGAUUCAGACAAUGAUUCGGAAUCAGAAUAAGAAUAUGAUAUUAAUGAAGAUGAAGAACCAUAAAGUGAUGAAAAAAAAGCAACUUAAAAAAAGAAAAUCGAAGAUGAUCAAUAUUUUGAUUAUGAUGAAAAAGUUGAUAGAGGUAACGCUUUCAUUGGAUUACCUUUGGAGUAUAAACCAAAAAAUGAUGUAACCAAGAAACCACCUGAAGAAUUAGGAAAUGCAUCUCAAUCUGUUAUUCAAGAUUAGACUAUGGUCGCAGGAGAUCAAACUAUGGCUUUAGGUAGCAAUAAAUAAUUAAGACUCAAAACUCCCAUUCUUAAUACCAGUCAGUAGUCUUUCUAAAUUUUAUUAAACGCGAACGAUAAAAGUUAAAUUAGUUAAGUUAGUGAUUUGGAUGAAAAACCUUAAAGAGAGAAAGUUAUCAAAAAAUAAAGAAUAUGA